ACACUUCGUCUGAAGACAAUCAUCCAACAUGAACUCCUUCAUUACUUUGACCUGCCUAUUGGCGGUGGUGGGUCUUAGCUGUGGCAGCGCCAUCGGUCUCGGCUAUGGAUACGGUUAUGGGGCACCUAUCCUUGCGCCAGCGAUAUCCACGGCCAAUCUCGUUAAGGCAGCACCGAUUCCGAUCAUCAGAACUGCGGUAGCACCCAUAAUCACAGCGCCCGUCAUCAAAACCGUGGCACCAGUGAGCAUCGGAUAUGGCCUCGGCAGCUACGGCUGGGGCGGACACAGCUUGGGUGGCUACGGCUGGGGCGGACACAGCCUGGGUGGAUACGGCCUGGGUGGCUACGGAUUGGGCGGUCAUGGUCUAGGUGGAUACGGCCUGGCCAGAGCUUACGGCGGUUGGGGCAGCGGUCUCGGUAACUGGGGCUGGUCUAAGCAUUGAUUUGACGAAGUGCUUCCUACUGAAAUUAAAAUUUUGUCUUCUUUAAUUGGCUGAUGCA